AAAUGGGAAUAAAAUUUUAAACUUUGACGUAUACUAAUUUGCUGAGACACUAUAUUCUCAAACUCUUCUGGAAAGAGUGAAAGCACAAACUUUGUUAUCGCCUUAUUCAGACUUAGUGAUUACAGUAAUUGGCUUAAGACAUGUCCGACAGAGAAAAAGAUUUAUAAAAUUUACCUUAGCUGAAGUAAGACCAGUCAUUUUUUAAACCCCCUGAGAAUUUAACCUGAGAGUGACUGUUGUAUUCUGUAAGGAUUAACUCUGAUAUAUACAAGUGGGAAUUUAAUAUAAUACAAAGUAACGAACUGUGGUAUACAUGUACAUGUAAAGAAAAAUCACCAACAGAGAAAAUCUUAUAGCUUGUUCUGUUGGUGGCUGGUUGAUAGAUUUACAUUGUUUACAUCAAAUUAAGGAGAAGAAGUCAUAUACCAAUGUUUUCUAAGUUUAUUAAGGAGAAAAAAAUCAGAAAUUUAAUCUGUUAUAUGUAGAUUUUAUAGGAUUACAUAUAAUAUAGAAACAAUAGGCUGGAAAUUGGAAUUCUAUUUUUAGACAUAGUGUAACAUUUGGUACAUUCAGUGGGGAUUAUAACACUCAAAUUCAAUAAACUUUGUGACUGGAUAGAAAUCUGUGUUUCAGCUCUAUAUGAUUAUAGACGUACAUGUAUUUUGUGAGAAGUGUGAUGUACAUCAUAUACAUGUACAUGUUAUGGGUGACACUAAAGUAUGAAAUCUUGACAAAUUCUUGUCAAUGAACGUAAUAUUAGGUAUUACAUGCAUGUAGAGGUGAUGAUGACAGAUUUACAUGUAUGUAAUACAUUCAAGUUAUUUCCAUAUAUGAAUUUGGAUUAAAAUAUUUGUGUAAGUGUUUUAACUUAAAGGAUCAAUUAUUUUUAAAUAUUUGCGAUUGAAGUAAAAAAAAAUGAACGAAGAAAUGUUGAAAUGGUGAUUUUAAAUACUUGCAAUUGAUGAAGAAAAAAAAUUAAAGAGGAAAUGUUGGAAUAGUGAACUUUUUUGAAGAAUUAUUGCAGUUGAAAAAUAUCUUCAUUACAAACAAUGAGGAAAGCCUAUUCAUUUAACGCGCUUAGACGCAACGAUCCCCUAAGAUGGUCUAAAAGUUUGAAUGAUUUAAGGAUCCAGAAAAACGUCAAUUUCUUGUACGACAGAUUUAAUGGACCUGUACAAAGUGGAGAUACAGUUGUAUGGGAAACUCACAAAGUUUCAUUAACUAGGGUACCAGGUUUUGGUUUCGGUAUAGCAGUUAGUGGAGGGGUAGAUAAUCCACAUUUUGCAAAUGGUGAUCCAUCCAUUGCUAUCUCAGAUGUUUUAAAAGCGGGACCAGCAGAAGGCAAACUAUUAAUUAACGACAGAGUUGUGAGUGUCAAUAGUUGUUCCCUGGAGAAUGUUGAUCACAGAACUGCUAUACAAGUGUUAAAAGACAGCGGCAAUAAAGUGCACUUAGUCAUACGUAGACGAGUUGUUGUACCGUCUAUGAUGGACCCAGAAACACCACUCAAAAUUAUGCUGGAGAAGAGGAACAGAAAAGAUGAUUUUGGAGUUGUACUUGGAUGUAAAUUCUUUAUAAAAGAGAUUUACUCUGGUUCCCUAGCCAGAGAGGAAGGGACAUUACAGGAAGGGGAUACAGUUUUAAAGAUUAACAAUACCCCUGUAGAUAAUCUGUCUGUCCACGAGGCCAGGAAACUUAUAGAGAAGACAAAAGAAAAGUUACAACUAUUUGUUACCAAGAAAAACUUGGAGAAUAGAAGGGCAACAAAUAGACUACAGGAUGACGAGGCCUCCCUUGGCUAUGGAACAUUACAAGGUACUCUCCAAACACAGAAAAGUGAAGUAGAUAGUGUCAACAUAUACCGUCCUAAUGGGCCAAUAGAUGAAGUGUAUAAACAAGACAUUCCACGUGGAGCUUACCCUCCCAGUGAGCAUGCCCGGUAUGAUGGGAGGUAUAUCUACGACCAUGAGGGACCUCCAGUGCCUCCCCUCCCCACAGGAGUCGACCCUAAUGCUCCCCCUCGACCGCCAAGCCCAGGAAAGGAAGCUUUACGGUCCGAUGAUUUUUACAAUUCUCCUCAACAAAACGAUGGUUACUAUAGCGACAGACCAGAAUCUCAUAUGGACAAAGCUCCAACAAGGAGACAUCACCAUGAUGAGAGAUAUGUUGGAAAGAGAAAUGAUAUCAUCUCAGAUCCCAGGUUUGUUUUCUUCCAUAAACAGCCAGACCUAGGAUUAGGAUUGAGGCUCGCUGGAGGGAAUGCCACAGGGAUAUUUAUAGCAUCUGUCCAACCUGGCAGUGGUGCUGCUGAUGUGGGGCUCACUGAAGGAGAUGAAAUUUUAAUGGCAAACAACAGAGAAAUUCAUGGUUUAUCUAGAGAGGAAGCAGUGACCUACUUAACAAGCCUGGAAGGUCAAGUACAGAUGCAAGUUCACUAUAAAAAAGAAGAAUAUGACAGAAUAAUGGCCAGUAAAGAGGCAGGGGAUUCAUUCUAUGUCAGAGCUCAUUUUUCGUUAGAAACUACUGAACAAGGUGAAUUAUCUAUUAACCAUGGUGACAUUUUCCUCGUCAAGGAUACACUGUUUAGAGGAAGUGUAGGGUCUUGGUUAGCCGUAUCACUUGGCAAAAAUAACAAAGAGAACAAAAAGGGAAUCAUUCCUAAUAGAACAAGAGCAGAUGAAAUAAUGGGAACACAACAGACAUCUGAAGCAGACAAAGAAAACUCACCAGCUAAAGUGGGGAGGGGCUUGUUCAAACGUAAAACUGCCCGGCGGUCCAAGUCACUUGGCAAGGAUCACUGGGAAGACGUUAUUUUUUCUGAUGAUGGUGCUAAUCUCACAACAAAGUUCCCUGCUUAUGAGAAAGUUCUGAUAAGUGACGUAAACUUUGUUCGUCCAGUGGUGAUAUUUGGUGCUCUGUCUGAUGUAGCUAGAGAGAAGAUGUUGAUGGAAUACCCAGAUAGAUUUGAAUCUCCUCAACAAGACAACCAUGGUUUGGAAGAUGAGAAGAAAACAAGAUCUGGUAUUAUAAGACUUGGUGCAAUCAAAGAAAUUAUCAACAAGAGAAAACAUUGUCUAUUAGAUGUCACUCCAAACAAUGUUGACAAACUAAAUUAUGCACAGUAUUAUCCAAUUGUCAUCUUCCUAAAAGCUGAGAGCAAAAAUGUUGUCAAAGAAUCUCGAUCUCGUCUGGCUAAGGGUUCCAGUAAAAACCCUAAGAAACUUUACGAGCAAAGUUUGAAGUUAGAGAAAAUGUACAGUCACCUGUUUACUGGAGCAGUUGUACAGAAUAACACAGAUAUUUGGUUUAGAAGAGUGUUGGAAGUUAUAGAGGUGCAGCAAAAACAACAGAUAUGGAUGUCAGAAGGACAACCAGAAGACAAUGUCCACGAUGAUUAUUUAUUCCCAAUGAACAGCCGACUCAGUUUUGCUGGACCCCGUGAAAGUGAGCAAGACUUGACUCGUCAUCGGGAUGAAUUUGAGUUCUCACCCAAACAUCGACCACGAUUAGUGAGGUCGUCAUCUGAUCCCAGUGUUAACACCAUGGAGAAGAUUCCUGGUAUUCCGCCUUAUCCGGCACCACCCAGUUAUCGCAAACCCUCAAGUCCGACAUCACCUGGGGGAGGAAUGUAUGAUGACAGACGUUACGUUGAUCUUGACCAAUCAGAGGAUAGAUAUUACCCAUCAUACUAUGCGAACAAUAUGUCGCCACGUCACCCUAGUCGAUCACAUAUUGAUGCUUAUGCCACAAUUACUCCGCAUGAACGACUUCGGCCAUCUCUCCCUACUGAUGAACGAUGGUUUGAUCCUGCUUAUGAUUUAAAGUCAGCACCAGAUCAUCGGAGAACUGAUAGCGACCCUGCCCAUCGAUCAUACCACAAUUCUCAUCCUCACAUUCCAAACGAUAGUAAGCCAUUUCAUGAUAAUGCCUCAUUCAGCGGAGAUUCCUACACACGAUAUACAUCUCAUCCUGCUAAUAAACAUGAUGAUUCAAAACUCAGAGAAAAAUUUGGGACCAAAAGUGUUCGUAAUACAUCACACGACCCGUACAGAUUUACACGGAGUACGGCUCAUCCGGUGAAUACAGCUAGUGUUGAUAAAUCAAAACUGUCUGAUCUCACAGCACGGUACAGGAAAGAUGAACCCAAUCAAAAACCUCGUUCAUUAUCAACAUCUCGUCUUCCAACCUCACCACAGAGUCAGCCAUCAUACAACGAUCAACCACAGAAAAAGGUGCCACCACCUGUACCGGUCAAAACUUAUAAUCUGAAAGAGCGAGGCAUAGAACCUGACGAACUCAAAAUGAGGAACUACGAAAACACUAGCAGAUCUUAUAACUAUAACGAUGGCAGUGCAUACGCCACAGUAAACAAACCUGAUCGUUACCAUAAUGAUGAAAAUCCCUAUGAUUAUGUUGUACCAAGAUCUGGUUACCCACGACAACAGCAAACAGCACCGCCACCUCAUCAAAGCCAUUAUGCUAAACCUUUCACAGGAAGUCCCAACAAGGGAGUUAACUCUGGCAGAUAUUUUGAGAAUCAAAUUUACAUGGACACUAAAGAUUUAGAAAAACUGAAAUCUGUUCAGUCUGAUCACCGUGGCAACCAGGAAUAUUACUCACGUGACCCUGGAUAUGUAAGUCCAGGAGAUCGACCAAGAACUGACGAUGAAUUAAAUUCACUUAAACGAGCUGAAUAUCGUAAAAGCUGGACUGGUCCCCCAGACAGACAAACCAGAAAAUUUUCAUCAUAUGCUAUGUUAGUUACACCAGGAUUUUAUGGAGGUCGUUCUAAAUCACAGGAGAACAUACGGGGAGGAUCUCAAGAUGCUAAUGACAGUGAUGACAGAGGCAGUGCUUUCGAAGCAUACAGAAAACCACAGUUAUCAACGUUUGGUAAAUCAGACUCCCCACAUAGUCCUGUUGUAUCAUCAAAUGGACCCAUGAAAAAUUACAGCUCUGAACCUAUAUCUUCGGGUGAAGGCACUACUACUACUAACCAAAAUGCAUUGCAACCUCCUGUUGAGUCAUGUGACAAGGCUGAAACUCCUCUCCUUGAGAAUGAGCCUCAGUCUGAAACUGUUAUCAGUGGGUUUAAAAAUGAUCAUCAGCUGGAUGAGAAUCAUACAGUGGUUGCCACGGCGAGGGGGUCAUUUGACCAUCAGGGAGGAGUUUUGGAAUCUCCAGAGACAGGGGUCAGUAUUGUCAUACCAGCUGGUGCCAUCCCAGAAGGUGUACAACAGGAAAUCUACUUCAAAGUCUGCCGUGAUAAUAAUAUACUUCCUCCAUUAGAUAAAGAAAAGGGUGAGACCUUAUUAUCCCCCCUUGUGAUGUGUGGGCCUCAUGGUUUGAAAUUUCUACUACCAGUUGAAUUACAGCUCCCCCAUUGUGCCUCAGUCAAUCCAGAGAGUUGGUCAUUUGCUUUAAAGUCUAGCGAUUCUCCAUCAGGUCAGCCAACACAGUGGCAGAAUAUGAACUUGGCUGGUACAGAAGGAGUAACACAAGGACGAGUCGGUAAAAGUAAAGUCUCUGUACUAGUAGAUCAUUUCUGAACAAGACAAUCAUUAAUGGAGGAACAGACGCUUUGUUAAAAGUGAAAAAUACAGCUGAUUUCUAUAAAUAGAUCAUGAUGCAAACUGCUUAUAUUUCAGUCCCUCCCUCAUAAAACAUUCAAAUUGAGGUAGGGAAUCCCUUCUAUAAAAAAACAUAAUGAUUGAGGAAGGGAAUCACAGAAUUUAGGAAAAAAAUAGUUAACAAUUUGAUUAAAAGCAAUUAUAAAAUUACAAUACCAUGUGAUUAGUGUGUGAGGAAGGGGAGAUAAUUCAUAUAAAACACAUGAUUGUUGUAUGAGAAAGGACAAUGUGAUUUUUGUAUGAAGAAGGGGAGAUCACUCUUAUAAAACAAAUACGAUUUUGAAUGAGGAAGGGGCGAUCACUCUUAUAAAACAAAUAUGAUUGCUGUAUGAAGAAGGGAGAUCACUCUUAUAAAAUAAAUAUGAUUGCUGUAUGAGGAAGGGGAGAUCACUCUUAUAAAACAAAUAUGAUGGCUGAAAGAGAAAAGGGGAGAUCACUCAAAUAAAACAAUAUGAUUGUUGUAUGAGGAAGGGGAGAUCACUCUUAUAACACAAAUAUGAUUUUUGUAUGAGGAAGGGGAGAUCACUCUUAUAACACAAGUAUGAUUUUUGAAUGAGGAAGGGGAGAUCACUCUAAUAAAACAAAUUGAUUGCUGUAUGAGGAAGGGACUGUUAUAAGAUGUAAGGCAGCUAGCAAAUAGAGAGGAACAUACCAGUUUGUUUCCUAGUCAAUGUAUUAUAAUAUUGUGUAAAUUGUAUUCUACAUUGCUAUCAUACAUUUAAAUAUAACCAAAUAAUUUUAGAAUUUAAAGAUAUCUCUAUGUCAACAGUUUAUUUUUUCAAAUAAGUCUUAUUGCGACAAGGGAUCUAUUUGGGAAUAUAUUUCACAUGCCAUUGCUGUAUUUGUCGUAACAAAUAUUCCAUAAGUAUAAAAAAUUUCUGAACCUUGUUUUUAUUUAAAGUCCUUUUUGUUGUUUUUUUUUGCAUUCCCUUAUUGUGUAGUACUAACCUUACAGAAACAAAAAAUAAGGGAUUAUCUAUAUGUUGUUUUUACCAGUAUAAUAUGUAAUGACAUUCACAUUUCAACUAAAAGUGCCAAAAUUGAAAAUGUCAUUAUAAACUUUUUUUCAACAGAUGAAAACUGUUUAUAAAAUGAAAUUUUUGUUCAUCAUUGUUUAUUUUGUAAUGAAAUAUUAGAUCAACAACGUUUAUUAUGUAAUGAAAUUUGAGUUCGACAUUGUUUAUUAUGUAAUGAAAUUUAAGUUAAACAAUCUUGAUCAUGUAAUUAGAUUUAAGUUCAAAGAUUUUAUACAGAAUUUAGAUUAUUUAAAUAUGUGUAUAAUGGAUAUCAAUUUGUAAAGAACUUACCUUUAGUAAUGGAUAUCAAUUUGUAAAGAACUUACCUUAAGUAAUGGAUAUCAAUGUGUGAAGAACUUACCUUUAGUAAUGGAUAUCAAUGUUUAAAGAACUUACCUUUAGUAAUGGAUAUCAAUGUGUAAAGAACUUACCUUUAGUAAUGGAUAUCAAUGUGUAAAGAACUUACCUUUAGUAAGUGAAUUGUUAUUGAGGUUGUGAAGACUGUUUUGCUUUUCAUUAUUUUAUUUCUUGGUUGUGUUUAUGAAAAGAUUUGAUCAAGAAAUUAUUUUAUUUCUUGGUUGUGUUUAUUAAAAGAUUUGAUCAAGAGAUUUGUUUAAUAUUUGUUUGUUUUUUAUAUAUGACUUCCAUUUUCCACAGUAUUUUUUUUAUAUUACACCAUAUUCCCAAUACAUACAUUAUUAUUUUGCCUCAUUUCAGAAAGAUUUCAGGGGUUGGGAGUUAUCUCCCCUUAUCAUCAAAGCAAACAAUACUCAGUUAAAGAACAAAUACAUAAUUUGCAGCAAUACAUUUUGUAAUUCAGUUUUUAUAGUUUAUAGGAACAGUAUAUUUAAACCCAUAGCUAGAUGAUUUAUCUAUAUAAGGGCUAUUCCAUUAGAAUGGAUUUAGGGGGUAGCGUUUAUUUAAGGGCUAUUCCAUUAAUUUGGCAUUAAAAUGAAUGUAAGGAGUAGGAGGGGAAGUUUUAUGAGGGUCCAGAUGGGGUUUACAGAGUAGAGAAAAAUUAACAAAACAUGCAGAAUAAAGGGCAAAAAAUAUAAAGAAUAGAGAAAAAUAGGCAAAAAAAUAAAAGAAUAGAGAAUAAUGGUGUGCUAAAAUAUAAAGAGUAGAGAGUAACAGGCAACAUUUAUAAUGAAUAAGAGAAAAAUGGCUUAAAAAAUCAAAGAAUACAGAAUUCAAGUACCCUCCAUCCACACCAUCUUUUAUUUAGCUUGGUACAUGGGUUGUGUGUCCUUUCUUUAUGGUUGUAUAUCCUUUUGAUGUAUGUAAAAUAACAAAAAGAAAUAUCUUGGUUGGGGAGAGAUUUUGAAAGUCAUUUCCUACCCUCUCAAAUCAAUUUUAAAGGAAUAGCCCUAAACAUAGGAAAUAGCAUAUUCUCACCCCUUCGUUUCUCCAUAUAAACAUGCCCCAUACUUAUUAUUUGGCAUUUUUGCCCAUUUGAUAUUGUACAUCUUCACUCUGUAUAUUAUUUCUAUCAGGAGAACUUAAAAUGUAUUAAUAAAUCAUAUAUUUGCUUUAUUAAUUCAAAAUUACAUGUAUUUUUACUUAUUAAUAUCCCACAAAGUAAAACCAUAUCUACCAUAGUGUGAUUUUUUUUUAAAGAAGACCAUAAAAUAUAGGUACACAUUUUGUGCUUUACAAUUCUGAUCAGAAAAUACUUUAUGGUAGACUAGAUGUUACAUAUACGAGAAACAAUGUCCUUGUGUAAACAUGGUUAACAUCCAUAACAGAAGCAUGUAAAGUUGGGGAUAUGUAAAAUCUUUAAAUUCCGAAAUUGUUUUUUGCAUUUCUUUUUGGGAUUUUUUUAAAUCUUUGAAAAUUAGAGACAAAUUAUAGUGAUUUUAUGAAAAUUUCAUCAAAUUUUUAUUUUUUUCGCAAUACCUAUCCUGUUGCAAUUUUCAAAUUGAAAAUGUACAUCACAAAAAUUUCUGAAUUUACAAUGUGAUCAAUUUGUUUGUGCCAAAGAAUUAAAGUAGACUGCUGUUUAUAUGUUGCAUUAAGAAUGGUAGAUAUGUACAGUGUAUAGAGAAAACGUUUUAAAUUGUAAUACUUUUUUUUUAAAUUGUUUUUUAUUUUCAAAUAUUUUACUACUGGAAUAUCUUUGCAUAAUGAAUUGCUGAAUGUGUUAUUGAAAAGUAAAACUUUUCAUUUAAACUAUUGAUUUAAAUAUCUAUAUUUGCUAAGAAUUCAAUAUUAUGCAAGAAUAACAAAUUUAUGAGUUAAGCCAAUUCUCUCUUAAAUAGUUAUUUCAAGGGACAUGAUUUACUUUUAAUCUUUUGAUCUUGGUCCAUUCUGUGCUUUAUAUUAGUAGGCCUAGGCAUAGAACAACUGAUUGCAACUUUGAUAAUUUAUGUAAACAAUGAACCAACUGACCAGAUUGCGUAAUAUCAUCAUAGAAAAAGGAAUUUUCGUUUUCUGGCACUUUGCAACACAGACCAUAUCAACCCUCAUAAAAAAGUUUGGAUGGUUGCAUUUAACUCAAGUUUUGUCAGUUUAAAAAAACCCUCUUUUAUGUGUUUUCUGUCAGUAAAAGAUGAAAAAUUACUCCAUUCCUCAGUAGUUUCUGAAAAAGAAAGCCCAUAGAACCAGGGGACCAGUCCACUAUUUUACAUAAGGGGAGAUAAUAGUAUGAGUUUUUUAUUUUAAAGAACUAUCUACUUAUUGUUUUGAAUUCACCCUUUAAACAAGGUUAUAGAUAAAAACUGAAAAGUUGUUGAUUUUUGGUAGGUUGAAUAUAAAAACAUGAAAAUCAAACCUUGUUCUAAGAAAAUUCAGGAAUUUUAAAAUGUGAAAAUCUGUUUACACCUGAGUAUGCAGUUAACUUGAUUUAAUUAGCUCUAAAUUGUAUUGAUUUAUUCUAUGCAUUUUUAGGAACAUUCAUAACAAGAAUUGAUUUAUUUUAUGCAUUCUUAUGAAUAUUCAUAACAUGUAUUGAUUUAUUCUAUGCAUUCUUAUGAAGACUUAUAACAUGUAUUGAUUUAUUCUAUGCAUUCUUAUGAAUAUUCAUAACAGAAUAAUUUAUUUAUAUAUUAUAAUAUAUACCUGCCAACCAUUUGGAUCUUUAAAGUGAGAGACAUAUUUUGAUUCAAAAUUUUGUAUUAAGAUUCAAAGUAUUUAAACAUUUCAACACAAACAGAUGAUAAUAACCUAUACAUGGAUUUGAUAAGUUAAAACAACAUUCUGAAUGACCUUCGAUGUCUUUAAAAUACAAAUAAACAUUAUUUGAGCAAAAAGUGAAAAUCACUCACAUACAAUACUAUCAAGACUACUCAAAUGAUGAAAGAGGGAGAAAUUUUCAAAAAAGUGAUAGGUCAAAAUGGAGAGAUUUUAAAGGGAAAAGAGAUAGUCUCCUCACAAGAUCUGGUGCAUUGGCACGUAACAUAAUUUCUUUAUUGAAAAAGAUAGUACUAAUUUGAGGUUAAGAUAAUGUACAUAUAUAAUGAUCAAAGUAAUUAUUUCAAGGUUGUAUUGUGUGACUUAGCAACACAUGUCUGCUAUUAUGAACAAAAUCUAAAAUGAAUUUUGAUUGGUUGUUAUUCUGUUGUUACCAUGGUUGUGCUUUAUACAAAAGUUUAUAUUUCUUACAAGUUUUACAUUUAAGUGAUAUUAUAUUAGUUAUAACACAUUGUAAAUAGAGUUUUAUACAAAGAAGAUAAAGUUUUAUUGUUUCACUUUAUAAUAUGAUACCAGUUAGAAUCCUUAUACUUAUUUUUUGGGGGUUAAUAGACCAUUUUCAGGUUACUACCUUUGAUCCGGAGUAUAUUAUUUUUCUACAGGUUACUUACUCUGUGGUAGGACAUUAUGGUACUUGGUUAAUUAAUAGCAAGGAAAAGAAGUAAAAUCAAUCUUUCAAUCGGUGCAAUUUUUGGGGAAAAUUAGCUUUUUUCCAAUGAUUUUGUCAUGUAUAGAAAACAAAACAAUGAAUUGUUUCCCAAAAUUGGCAUAAUUACACCAGGAUUCAAUUCUAACAAUGAUUUACAUUAAAUUUAUUUUUUCUACUCACAAAAACACAAAAAUAAAUUGCUUAUUGAAGUAAGAGUAAUUAAAGUACAUGUCCUGUAUCUUAAUUUUCAUUUAUAGUCAGCUGGGAAUAGUAUAGUAUGCUAACAAUAUAUUAUGUCCCAGUUGUCUGUACAGUGCGACUGUUUGUCAACCAUUUUCAGGCCCUGCCAACUAGAUCAUGGUCCAGCGACUGAAUUAAUAAGCAAUGUUGCUGUCCAUCAGAUUGUCCUUUUUAGGGGAGACAUAUCUCUGUGUCAACAGUUUAUUUAAGAUCCCUAACUGGUGUUAUAAUUAUUAUAAAGUGUGAUUUGUACAUCUAUCCAUCAUUAUUCCUAUCCAAACCAUUGUUAACUACAUAUUAUCAUGAUUAAUAAAAUUUAUAAAGAUA